AUCAUGGAUUAUGAUCAUUUGCAGAUUUCUAUCCACUCGGAUGACGCAAGCCGGAAACAGAGAUGCAGCGAGAAGAUGGAGGAGCUGAAGAAUACACAAUUCUCAAGUGCAGAAGAUGCAGCUUCACCACUACUGCAUAAGGAACUUGUUUCGGAGAAAAGUAUUGUGAAUUUUGAGCUUUAUGAUGCUGUUGAAAAGGGGAAUGUGGUUAACUUUGUUGAUGUGUUGGGGAAAGAAUGUGCAGAAAGGAAGGUGCCUUUGUCUGAUAUUUUUGAUCAGGUAACAGGGGCAGGUGAUUCACUGCUUCAUGUGGCAGCAGAUUUUGGGAGUGAACAGAUUGCAGAGUUGAUUUCUUGUCACUUUCCUGAGCUUCUUACUAGGAGAAAUGUGAGAGGUGAUACUCCACUUCAUGUUGCUGUGAGGUCCAAGAACUCCUCUAUAGUCAAGCUUAUUCUGUCUCAGUAUGCCAUAAUGAAGUCAAAACACGAUGGUUUGAAGGAUAAGGAGAUAACAAGAGAAACAAAUGAGUAUGGGAAUACUCCUUUACAUGAAGCUGUUUAUAGUGACCAUUUUGGUGUGGUUGAAGAGAUCUUACAUGCCGAUGAAUCUGUUGCACAUUAUCUGAACAAGUCCAUGUCUUCGCCACUGUUCUUGUCAGUCAUGAGUUCAGAUGUCAAAAUUUUGAAUCUUCUGUUACAAAUUCCGUUUCCUGCUGAUCAACCACUUCCACAGUGUUCCGGAAACUCUCCACUCCAUGCAGCCAUUCGAGAAAAGAAUCCUGGUCUAAUAAGAGAGAUAUUAGGGAAAAGAGAGGAGCUAAUUUACUUGAGAGAUGAAGAAGGGGAUAAUCCCUUUCAUUAUGCAGCUUACACUGGUUAUGUUGAAGGAUUUCGUAUAUUGUUACAAAUUUUAUCAGAGAAAUCAAACCAAAGUCUCUUAGAACGGAACAAAAAGGGCAAUUUUCCCAUUCAUGUUGCUUGCAAAAGGGGUCAUGUUGAGGUGGUCGAAGAAUUCCUUCGACAUGAAUUGCCCUUUAAUCCUUAUGUUCUCCUCAAUCAAAAAGGUCAAAAUAUUCUUCAUAUUGCAGCGAAGAAUGGAAGAACUAAAGUGGUACAACACCUAUUGCUGAAUCAGAAGAUCGAUCAGUGUGCUAUAAAUCAUAGAGAUAAUGAUGGAAACACGCCAUUGCAUUUGGCUUCAAUAAAUUUAUUUCCAAAAGUUCUGUAUUUUAUAGCACAAGACAAGCGGAUUAACGUGAAUAUCACCAAUAACCACCAUUUAACAGCUCGAGAUAUUGUUGAAUUUGAAUUAAACACUCAGAAGACUGUUCGAAAGCUUCUAGCCAAGUCGGUUUUGAUAAAAGCUGGCGCAUCCUUGAAGUUAAAUGGCAUGUUGCGCAUUCAACGCCAACAAUCACCCCAAAGGGAUUUGCAUUUAAAAAAGCACAAAACAUUGUUAGUUGUGGCCACUUUGAUUGUCACUCUGACAUUUACUGCUUUUUUGGCUGUUCCAGGAGGUCUAUACAGUUCUGAUGAUCCAAAUCCAAAAAAUAGAGGGAUGGCUGUUUUGGGUCAUAAACCAGUUUUCUGGGUAUUCACCAUCUACAACAAAAUAGCUAUGUUUAGUUCGGCAACCUCAUCUGCACUUAUUUUCUUGGCUCAAACUUAUGACUCUGAAAUGGCACAUAAGGCAACUUCGUGGGCAAUAAUGUUUUUGUUUCUUUCCUUUUCAGCAUUGCCAACUGUAUUUUGGACUGCUAUAAAUCUAGUUCUAGACACUAAUUUUCCACUGCAAUCCAUUUUAUUUUAUAUAGGACUAAUAUACAGUGUAUCCUGGGGCCUUCUCUUUUGGGGAUAUACUCUUUAUCAAUCUCAUCGUAUUCAAGGAUUUGAUCUUCGGUUUUUGAUUGGCUUACUGGAUUACGUCAAUAAGCCAGAAGUUUCAUUGUAUCAGAAUGCGAUCAAGGACAAGGAAAAGUUUGUGUAAUCAAAAGAGCAUGUGUAGCAAGUGGAUAUGUUGAAAUUAUAUGGACUUUGAUGAUGAAAAUUAAUAUUUCACAUGUUAUUAGAUGAAUAUUCAUUUGAAGUUAUGAUGUGAAAGGGUAUAAUG